CCCACUAUUAAGUGGGUCGCGCAGUUACCUCAGCCUUUUCUUUCGGUCCUUGGAGAGGUGGGUAGAUGUCGGCACGUUGGAGUGCUGAGCCCGGAAGGUUGCUGGGUGCAGACCCCCGAGGCCUGGGCUACAGCCUGCGAGUAGGCUGCGGAGUUCCGUAGUGAGCCGCUCCUUUUUGGUGCAAGCUGACUGCCGACCUGGAUGGAAAUUUGGUUAAAGCAAAGAACAAGUGACAUAUAAUUUUGACUUGGAGAAGAUACAUAUCAAGAAUGGAUUCUCUUGACUAUGUAACAGCAUCUGAUUCAGCUAUGGAAAUUGACAAUCAAAGUGAUAACUCUUCCUCUGGUAGCAGCUUAUUUAAAACUCAGUGUGUUCCUCACUCACCUAAACGGAGGCAAAGAAACACAAUUAGAAAGUUUGUUCAUUCACCUGAAAGUGUUGAAGCAAGAGAUUCAUCUAGUGACUCAUCUUUUGAACCAAGACCAUUGACUUUAAAAGCUAUUUUUGAAAGACUGAAAAAAAAGAAGUAUAAAAAGAGGAAAUAUAAGCCAACGGGAAGACCAAGGGGAAGACCAGAAGGAAGGAAAAACACUAGAAGGUCACAAAUAAAUAAACAAUUUAAAGCUAAAGGACCUGGGUUCCCAUUUUUAGAAUCAGAGAAUGGGAGAAAAUCACUACCUUGGAGAAAAAUUUUAAGCUUUGAGCAAGCAGUGGCAAGAGGAUUUUUUAACUACCUUGAAAAACUGAAGUAUGAAUACCACCUGAAGGAAUCCUUGAAACAGAUGAAUGUUGGUGAAGAUUUAGAAAAAGAAGACCUUGAUAGUCGUAGGUAUAAAUACUUGGAUGACGAUGGAUCUCUCUCUCCUAUUGAAGAGUCAGCAGGAGAGGAUGAGGUUGCAACAAAUCUUGAACAUGAUGACGAAUGUGAUAUUAAAUUGGUGGCGGAUAAUUAUUUCAUAAUAAGUUCUGAAUUCCCAAAGAUGAAUGUAUAUUUAGACCAAGAACUCAGUGAAGAGGCUGCUGUGUUUAAAAAGAAUAAGUCAAAAAGCAUUGGACAGAAGACACAAUGACUUGAAAGAAAUAAUGGGAAUUUGCAUGUCAAACAAGGUAUUGGUAUAUCCCAACGAUCUAGUCUAGGGUGUGAUAGCUUAGGUAAGUUUUAAUUGGUGACAGUGUAAUUUUGGGUUGCCAUUGCAGUUCAGAUGAUGAAUUUAACUGUUCAACUGCUGAAUGAUCCAGACAUGAACUAAAACUUAAUUCUGACAGAACCGAAUAUAGCUCUGUAGGUUUUAGUUUUUAAUCACACACUUGUCAAUCUUUUAUUUGGUAUUUUCUCUGUAGGAGUGAAUAUGAAUUGAACUUAGUCAUGUUUAGAGGGUGUCUGAAAUUAAGAACCAGACAGAUGCAUCUACUCUGACCCAAACCGUGGCCUUAAAGUAAACUGCUUGAAGAAAUUCGGUCCCAAUGAUUACAGGUGGGGGAUUUUUGAACUAUGUCCGUAUUCAACAGAGAUCAAAGAAGCCCAACUAAAAGAAUUAUGGCAAGUUAUUUGUCUUUAUCUUACCAUACCAAAUUAUUUGUCCAAGUAUAAUGUAAUGGUCAUUACCAAGGCUUUUAGAAUGCAGUUUCUCAUUUGCCGUGGACAUGACCACAAAACAUUUUUCCCACUAGGUUUUCUUUCUGCUACGUUGCUAGCAUUCAUCCUAUUGGGAACAUU